AUGGCCGAAUUCCGAGCUAUACUCCAGAAGACCAUCGACUCCUUCGUGGAAAACAACACGCAGGCUGUCAAAAAGCAGGAUGUAGCCCUUUUAUCCGCCAUUCUGACCGACGAUUGCGUCCGCAAGUACCACCCACGAUCAUUCGUGAAACGCUACUCGCAAUUCUUGAAGCCCCAACUCACCAACGCCGAGUACGAGGCGCAGAUGAAGAAUGAGCUCGGCACUAUGAAGGAUGUCCAGCAGAAGAUAACCAACACAGUUAUUGACACUGAGGCACGCACUGCCGUCCUCUUUAGUGAGCAGACCAUCACCACGGCCAACGGCGGCACCAGCGUCGUGGAGGUACUCUGGGGUCUUACCUUUACGGAGGAUGGAAGCCGUGUAGCUCAAGUGUUGGAGUACGUGGACUCCCAAGUCAUAGAGCAGAUGUUGAGCAACAUGGGGGCUCACUAG